GCCUCAACAUGACGGUGACGAUCACUUACGAGGCGUAUCUCCCGACACCGUCACCGACGAUGGAGCCUGGGAUGCCGUGUCCUUGUAAUCAGUUGUGCGGCUUGUUUCCCUACAUUGAUUUGAAUAGUGAUGGGUGCCUUGAGGAGUUUGAGUGCAACCUAAACCAGUAUCUCGACGGGCACUUUACCGAUAUGGACGCGGACGGGGAUGGAUGCGUGACCCAGGAAGAGUGUGGCGACUCUCCAUAUGCGCAGGAUAUGCCUAGCUUCCCGAUCGUGGGUCCAGCUGAAUGUGACUACGGUUAUUACUUCCAGGAGGGCACCAGCGUUUGUCAGCAGUGCACCACGGGCGCUACGCGGCGGCGCCGCUCAGAGGCCUGCGUCGACUGCGCCUCGGGCAAAGAAGACCUGGGCGACUUCGACAACUGCAUCUCGGGGGUGUGGCUCACCGAGCCCAUAUCGGCUGGCGACGUCAACGUCUUCGUCAACAAGGACAUCGACGAAAGUGGCGUCGUGCUGCAGAAAGGCGACGGGAUCACCAUGUCCACACGCAACCCUGGCCACUUCGAGAGACUGGUUAUCGCCGACAAGAUCGGCUUCGAUGACAGCGAGAGACUGUCGUCAUACCACGAGUCUCUGCUCCGCAGAAGUGGGCCCUUCUUUGUGCUUGACCACGGAGUGAACGCAGGGUUUAACAAGUUCGACGCGAUCAUCUCGUCCUGCUCGAGCACCGACGGUACUGGAAUCAGCUCGCAGUACCCUUGCGGAUGCGGCAUUGAAAUCUGCGGUCUUGGGUACAGGUGUGACGAGCAGUGCUCUGGGAGCAACACGGUUCUGGAUCCCUUCGUUGGCAGCAGCUACGGGGACGGCGGGUGCUGCAUCGGACCCCCUGCCUCUCCUCUGCCGACCCCUUCCCCGACGGUGUCGGCCAAGGGUGACCCACACCUGGUGAACCUUCAAGGCGAGCACUUCGACGUCAACCACGGCGGCGAGUUCACUCUGCUGCGCAUCCCGCAGGCCGCUGACAGGACCGCCGAGGUGGAGCUCCAGGCCACCAUCCGCCCCGAGCACGGGAAGCCGUGCACCACGUACAUCACCGCGGUUGAGCUCUCGGGUGCCUGGCUCGGCGGUAUCGUCCUGCAGGUGCGCUCUUACUUGCGGUCGCACGCCAAGAACGAAAGCGACUCGUUCUUGGGCCUCCGGGUGCUUGAGCCGGGCACCCCUCACGAAGCUCCAUGGUCGAGACUCGCGGAUUGGGCCGAGGGGAACAUCGUCGUGUUCGAGCAGCAGGCCCGAGAUGGCGUCAGGGUGACAAUGUCCAAGUCGCAGUGGCGCACCAAGAAGGGCGUGAAGGAGGGAUUGCCGACCAUAGCUGGGCAGCUUCAGAUCAUGAUUCAGAACAAGCUGAGCGAGGACUCCGCCAUGAUCGUCGUCCGCCAAGACCUACCCGUGCAGGAGCAUCUGAACUUGGCUGUGCGGCGCUUGAGCGCUCUCGGGCGUGCAGACAUCGGUGGGCUGCUUGGGUUCGAUGCGCAUGCCGAAUCGCUAGAGGAUGUUACACCUGAGUGCCAGCGUCACAGAGACGGGUUGGACAAGAAGGCGGGCCCCAAGACACUGCCGGGCUGGAAGAUUAGAUGGCAGAAGAUCAAAGAGCAGCGCGCCAGCAAUCCCGCACCUGGCGGGCCGAUCAGCGACAACGAGGCGGGGGCCAGCCUCGUCAACAGGGACAUGAUGUGCGUCUGCCCCGACGCAGAGCCGAUCGACGUCAGGGAGGAGGCCGUCCAGUCCAUGAACUCCGCAAGUCUGAUCGGCGGCGGGCACGAUGGCGUCCUCGCAGAGUUCCAGACGGGCCGGCUUGCCGAGGCAACGUGGGACUGA